AGCUCAGCAUUCCUUCUUUUGUUGCAUUCCGAGGCAAAAUCUGCAUGGCAGAGAUUGUGGAUGUUGCUGCCAUUGUGAACAAUGCCAAGAAGGCAGAUAGCCAGAAGGAUCAGGUAGCAAAAGCAACUGCGGCGGCCGACAAGAUUGUGAGGGCUCCGCAUCCCUACCCUUCGAAGGCCAUUCCUUUGAGAGCUUUAGAGGAAGAAGACUAUGCAGAGGCGAUCUCCGCAUUGAUUGAACGAGACUUCUUCCCGGACCUGCCUCAUUUGAGGGCACGCUAUGAGCUGAUGCAAGCCCGGCUCAGGGGGGACAAUGCGCUGGCGAAGGCUCUGGAGAAGAAAUUGCUCGAGAUGCCACGCCCCACUCCGGGACAUACUCCAAGGCGGUCGACCCCGCUGCCGGAGGAAGCAGAACUCUUGGAGGCUGCCGGAGGAAGCAGAACGAGCCGCAUGCCUGACCCCGUGAAUGCGGCCGCAGCACGGCUCAGUGCGUGGGAGAAAGACGAUGGUGCCGAAAGUGUCGCUAGUGCCAAUGCUGGCAGCAUUGCGAAUUGCCAGCAGGUCUUACUUCGACUCAUCAGCGGCAGGGAGGUCGUAGUGGACUUAUCCACGGUUCGACUGGAUGACUUUCAGCAAGUCUUUACUUCUGAAGACAACGCAUCCUUCGAAGCAGUUCUAGAUCGAGAUCGUGAACGACGACGGCAGAAGGAAUGGUGGGUGGAAACCUCGGAGGAGAAGCAUAAUACCAAGUGCAAGGCACAGGCCUUAGAGUUCGAGGUCGAUGCUCCAACCAGCACGGGGCAGAUUAUGACCUGUGAAUUCCAGGCGCGCAACACGCUGUACUUCAAGCCGAGGGGCGAGUCCUCCGCAGCACUGGAGAAGCCGCUGGUGGAGUCCCGCAAUACGCGCUUCACUACCCAAGAGCAAAGCGAUCUCGAUGAGACACUGGUGGCGGCCAUUGCUGCAAGGCAGGCAAGAGAAACUGGACAGCAAUUCUCUGAAGUCUUAGCCAAAAUGGUGAAGGAGGGCACCUUCUCGGUGGCUGCCUUACACAGCUAUGGGCACGUUCGAGCUGUGGGUGGACGUUUGCAGACCCCUAUGGGUCCAAAUUCAUAUCCCAUGGUGAAUACUCCUGCCUUGAGUCCGGGCGAAGGCUUUUCGCCCUUCAUGACUUUCGGCAAGAUUGCAUCGACGCCGCGCGUCUUGGACGAAGAAACGGGGCCCACCUUCCGCGUGCAGGACGAAUCGGCCCGGGACCGUGCGGCGGAGAAGCUGGCGAAAGGUGCCAUGCAGAAGCAGCGUGAAUCGCGGCAGAACUCCAAGAAGGAAAGGCUGAAGGCCUUGGGUCUCACGUCUACGCCCACGUCGACGCCCACGUCGAGACAGCCGACGCCUGCUUCGGUGGCUUCAAAGGUGACGCCCAUGACGCCCAUUGGGCAGCUGCUUCACAGAGCGCAACGCAUGGCUCAGCGCGGAGGUCGACUGCGCAUCAGCACGAAGACGCUCAGUCGACCAACGCCCACGCCGGAAGGAAGAGAGGUCAAAAGAGCACGGACGACCCCGGUACAGAACCCCUCGAUCCCCGCUUCUUUGAUGGCCGACCUUCUUUGAGCGUCUCGGGGCGACCGGUGGAGACCGGUGGCCUGCCCAGUGGGGUCGGUGAUCGACGCCCGCCGUUUCACCGGAGAAAACACCGACCGCGCUGUGCCUGCGCAUGGCUUGGGGCGCGCCUGCGCAUGGGGAAUCAGGUGCGAGUGGAGGGAAGCAGAAC